AUGGAGGUAAUACUUUCAACGACAAGCCGCGUUCUAGUGGCUAUUUUUGCCGCCAUUUGCUGGAGCGUAGGCGUCGGCGGACUGCAUAAUCUAGAAAUAAACGUACCUUAUGCGGUUCUUUUAGACGAAACCGUUACUCUAGAGUGCAGUUGGCAAUUGGAAGAUGAAGAAACAUUAUAUAGCGUUAAAUGGUAUAGGGGAAAAGAAGAAUUUUACAGAUACAUUCCUAAAGAAUUACCCCACACAAGAGUAUUUCCUUUACCAGGCAUCGAAGUCGACAUAUCCCGUUCUGGAGCUCGUCGAGUGGUACUGCAACAAGCGACUCCUGCAAUGGCUGGGAGAUUCAGAUGUGAAGUAUCAGCGGAUGCGCCAACUUUCCACACCGAAAUACGUUCCGCACCUUUGGAAGUAGUUGAACCUCCAGAAUGGGCACCUAAAUUGGUUUCCGAUCGGUCAUGGUAUGGCGUGGGGUCAAAUUUACGGGCUACGUGUGCAUCUCCGCCAGCUUUUCCCCCGGCUAAUCUCACUUUUGCUCUUAACGGGCAAGAGAUUGAUGUUGAAUCAAUAACACAUGAACUACCACAGUGGUUUAAAUGGGACCCAUUGAUAAAGAUCGAGUCGACCACAACGGAGCGAUCUGAAGAUGAAGUAAAUCUUAACGUCUUUCACGAUGAAGAAAACCCUGAGUAUUUGGAUGAGACGUACAUUAAUUUGCACAGGGAAGAAAUAAGACGGCCCCGUAAUGAAAAUCUAAAACCAAUAUUUGAGAGAACAGCUCCAGAUAACAGAACACCAACUGUAGGAGUGGUAUCAAUAGUGGUCCGCACUGAGGCGUUUGAACGCGGUAGCCUGAGACUUACUUGCAUCGCCAAUAUUUACAAUCUGUAUUCCGCACGUGCUGAAUUAAUUUUCGAUAUGGAGCAACCUGAAGUUGCUUCAGUGUUAGGAGUACGUAAUGGAGGCGCAGUGUCCACUUUGAAUUAUGCCUGGCAAUUGGGCUUCUUAUUGCCUCUAUGGCGGCUUGCUCGG